GCCCGUAUACAAUAACAUUACGACUUCUCGACUAAGAUUCAAUCUAAAAGAGUUUCUACAGUCUUACUUACUUAGUAACUAGAUCUAAUUUAGAUAUGUCAUAAUUGAUGAUCUACUCAGUCACUGAUUUAGCUCUAGUAAAAAGUUAAAAUAGUAAUUACUGAGUGAUUUAGUUAUCUAAAUAAUAGAGACAGUAACAGUGAGUAGAGACAGCAGAGAUCACACAUUCACAUACUUAACUGUGUGACAUAGCACAUACUGUUUGUUUCAUAAAAAGUAACUUCAUGAUAGGACAGACAUAGUGACGUAAAAUAAAUCUAAAAUUAAUUUUACUUAUUCAAUAUUAUAAGAUUAAGAUCUAUUUUCAUUAAUAUCAUCAUAUCAUGUCAUAUGAUAAAGUGGAAGAACUAGAACGAUUCAGAGAGGAAUGGAAGAAAGAACUUAGUAAAAAUGAUAAAGUUAAAGCUCAACAUAAAGUUUCCCAGCUCUCCAGAGAUGAAGAUAAUUUAAGUUUGAUAAAAGCCUCCAAGGAUUUUGAAUGCAACAUAAAUUUAGCGAUUGAUGAAAAUAGCCAAGAGUUUGAGCCUGAAAAUCACAACACACAUUUUUCAACAACAUCCAGCAAAGUAGACGAACAGAAUGAUGACUAUUAUCCCUUCAAAAUAUUAACACAUUUUCUAAAUGAUGCUCCAACAAAACGAAGGCCGAAAUUUGCUCAGACCAAGAAUUUCACGUACACCAAAAGAAAAUAUUUUAUUAGUGAAUUGGAAAAGAGUAAAAAAUUUAAAGACAGCAAAAAUGAAACGCAAUCGACAAAAACUAAACAAGAUGACCAUUUUCUAGACAUCUUCAUUGCUGAUUUGGAUGAAAUUAAUGAGAUCCCAUUUUUUGACACUAGUCUACCCAGGGAAGUGGCUUUGAAAAUCUUCCAACAUUUUGACAUGAAAACCUUAUGCAGGUGUUCACAGGUGAGCAGAAGUUGGAGAAGUCUUGCAGAUGAUGAACUUUUAUGGUUCCGUAUCUACCAAGAGUCAGGCUUUGGGCAGGAUCUCUAUGUCGGCAGUGAGGAAAACUGGAAAAGUAUUGUUCAGCGACAUAUACAAAACCAAAGGCUACAAAUAGCUAAUUGGAAAGCCAGAAUAGGUAAACCUUAUCACUUGACAUUUCCAAGAGGAGGAAUUCUGUGUGCGACACAUUCACAUAAUACAAGUAUUGUAGCUGGCUACACAAGUUGCCAUGUACGACUGUGGAACACAGAAACUGGUGAUGUCUGCACUUUUAAUGCCAGCAACACUGCGUUGGUCCUUGAUGAGCAAGCAGAGGAGCUGGGACGCAUACACAAUGAGAUCAAGUGUGUCAGAACCACACCCCUUAUAACAGCUGCCUCUUUUAAACAUGGGUUUGUAGAUGUCUGGAAGAAUGAAGGGGGCACAGAAUGUGUGCAGACCAUAAGAUUUAAUAACCAAGAGAUUGCCAGUCUGUCCACUCUGGACAUCAAUCAACACUGUUCUUUGGUGGCUGCAGCUCAGGGGUCAAGGGUUAAAGUUGCUGUAAUAGGAGGAGAAGAAACAGAGAAAGUUUUUGAUUUUGAAAUGAAUUCACAGGUUACUCAAGUGGAUUGGCUGACUAGUGGACAUUCCCAUGAUUCCUCUCUCCUUCUCUUAACCUAUAAUAAUUCAGUCUUUUUGAAGAAAAUACAUGCAAGUGAAAGAGACUCCAUGGUUCAGAGCCAGGAUGACAUAGAGCUCCAUAAUAUCAUAUGGGCACCAAUCACAACUGUGGGCUUUAGAGACAAUGAUCAUGAUGUUGCUGUAGGAUUUAAUUUAUAUGCUCCAUCCACACAAGUCAAGCUGAAUGUUUAUGACAUUAGCAGCAACCAAUUGAAAAUUUCUUUCACUGGUCACACUUGGUUGAUUUCAUGUGUCCACCUGCCAACUUUGGUACCACAUCAGUUAGUUACAGGAAGUGCUGACAGGAAGAUUCGUCAGUACGAUGAUAGAGCAGGUCUAACAGCUUGCUACACUCUCAUUGGUCACGCAGCUAAGGUCAACACUGUUCAGAUGGAUGACUGGAAGAUUGUGUCCGGCGAUGAUGGGGGAUUUGUGUAUGUCUGGGACCAAAGAAUGUGUCGCAAAUUGUGGGAUAUUUAUAACAGGCAUCCUGUUGGUUAUUGUCACUUUGAUGAUCGGAUGUUAAUUAUCAGCAACAUACCAUACCAGAAAUUUCCCCACCAGGGGGAGUUUGAGACUGUGUCAUCCUUGAGAUAUCGAGGUACAGUUCAAGUUUAUGACUUUAUGGCCAACCAGCAAACACAAGGUGUACCUGAUAUAUGCCUGUCUUCCUACAAUGAGCCUGAAGCUUCAGACUACAACAUAGGACUGACAGUACCAUAUGAUAGUGUAGACUAAUGAUAGUGACUACAACAAAGGACUCACAUGACAGUACCUUAUGACAAUGUGGACUAAUGAUAGUGACUACAACAUAGGAC